GGCGGGGGCGGGCGUAGGACAGCCCGCCCCAUUCGAGGCUCCAUGCCUCCGGAAGCGGAAAUAGCACCGGGCGCUGCCACAGUAUCGGUAACUGCCACCGCGAUGCCGAAGGGUCCCAAGCAGCAGCCGCCGGAACCCGAGUGGAUCGGGGACGGAGAGAGCACGAGCCCAGGAGACAAAGUGGUGAAGAAAGGAAAGAAGGAUAAGAAGACCAAAAAGACGUUCUUUGAAGAGCUGGCAGUAGAAGAUAAACAGGCUGAGGAAGAAGAAAAAGUGCUCAAGGAGAAGGAACAGCAGCAGCAGCAACAGCAGCAACAACAGCAGCAAAAAAAGAAGCGAGAUGCCCGAAAAGGCCGGCGGAAGAAGGAUGUGGAUGACGAUGGAGAGGAGAAAGAGCUCAUGGAGCGUCUUAAGAAACUGUCAGUGCCAGCUAGUGAUGAAGAGGAUGAGGUACCUGCCCCAAUACCCCGAGGGGGUAAGAAGACCAAGGGUGGUAAUGUUUUUGCAGCCCUGAUUCAGGAUCAGAGUGAAGAAGAAGAGGAGGAAGAAAAACAUCCUCCUAAGCCUGCCAAACCAGAGAAGAAUCGGAUCAAUAAGGCUGUAUCUGAGGAACAACAGCCUGGGCUCAAGGGCAAAAAGGGAAAGGAAGAGAAGUCGAAAGGAAAGGCUAAGGCUCAAAAUAAAUUUGCUACUCUGGACAAUGAAGAGGAUGAAGAAGAAGAAAUGAAAAAAGAAAAGGAGCCUCCCAAACAAGGAAAAGAGAAAGCCAGGAAGGCAGAGCAGGAUUCAGAAGAAGAAAGAGAAGGGGAAGAAGAGGAGGAGGAGGAAGGAGAUUCUAAGGCAGAUGAUCCCUAUGCUCACCUUAGCAAAAAGGAGAAGAAAAAGCUGAAGAAACAGAUGGAGUAUGAACGCCAGGUGGCUUCAUUAAAAGCAGCCAAUGCUGCUGAAAAUGACUUCUCCGUGUCCCAGGCAGAGGUGUCCUCUCGCCAAGCCAUGUUAGAAAAUGCAUCUGACAUCAAGCUGGAAAAGUUCAGCAUCUCGGCCCAUGGCAAGGAGCUGUUUGUCAAUGCAGACCUGUAUAUUGUUGCUGGCCGCCGUUAUGGGCUAGUAGGACCUAAUGGCAAGGGCAAGACCACCCUCCUCAAGCACAUCGCCAACCGAGCCCUGAGCAUCCCUCCCAACAUUGAUGUGUUGCUGUGUGAGCAGGAGGUGGUAGCAGAUGAGACACCAGCAGUACAGGCUGUUCUUCGAGCUGAUACCAAGAGAUUGAAGCUGCUGGAAGAGGAGCGACGGCUGCAGGGACAGCUGGAACGGGGGGAUGACACAGCUGCCGAGAGGCUAGAGAAGGUGUAUGAGGAAUUACGGGCUACUGGUGCAGCAGCUGCAGAGGCCAAAGCACGACGGAUUCUGGCUGGCCUGGGUUUCGACCCUGAGAUGCAGAAUCGGCCUACACAGAAGUUCUCAGGGGGCUGGCGCAUGCGUGUCUCCCUGGCCAGGGCACUGUUCAUGGAGCCCACACUGCUGAUGUUGGAUGAGCCCACUAACCACUUGGACCUCAAUGCUGUCAUCUGGCUCAAUAACUACCUCCAGGGCUGGCGGAAGACCUUGCUUAUCGUCUCCCACGACCAGGGCUUCCUGGAUGAUGUCUGUACUGAUAUCAUCCAUCUCGAUGCCCAGCGGCUUCAUUACUACAGGGGCAAUUAUAUGACCUUCAAGAAGAUGUACCAGCAGAAGCAGAAAGAACUGCUGAAGCAGUAUGAGAAGCAGGAGAAAAAGUUGAAGGAGCUGAAGGCAGGGGGCAAGUCCACCAAGCAGGCAGAGAAGCAAACGAAGGAAGCUCUGACUCGAAAGCAGCAAAAGUGCCGACGGAAAAACCAGGAUGAGGAAUCCCAGGAAGCGCCUGAGCUCCUGAAGCGCCCCAAGGAGUACACUGUGCGCUUUACUUUCCCCAAUCCCCCACCACUCAGCCCUCCUGUGCUGGGUCUGCAUGGUGUGACAUUUGGCUAUGAGGGGCAGAAAUCGCUCUUUAAGAACCUGGACUUUGGUAUCGACAUGGACUCAAGAAUUUGCAUUGUGGGCCCUAAUGGCGUGGGGAAGAGCACUCUCCUCCUGUUGCUGACUGGCAAGCUGACACCGACUCGUGGAGAAAUGAGAAAGAACCAUCGGCUGAAAAUUGGCUUCUUCAACCAGCAAUAUGCCGAGCAGCUGCAUAUGGAGGAAACACCCACUGAGUACCUGCAACGGGUCUUCAACUUGCCUUACCAGGAUGCCCGAAAGUGCCUGGGCCGUUUUGGCCUUGAAAGUCAUGCCCACACCAUCCAGAUCUGCAAGCUCUCUGGUGGUCAGAAAGCCCGAGUUGUGUUUGCAGAGCUGGCCUGUCGGGAACCUGAUGUCCUUAUCUUGGAUGAGCCAACCAAUAACCUGGACAUAGAGUCUAUUGAUGCUCUGGGGGAAGCCAUCAACGAGUACAAGGGUGCUGUGAUCGUUGUCAGCCAUGAUGCCCGACUCAUCACAGAAACCAACUGUCAGCUGUGGGUGGUGGAAGAGCAGAGUGUUAGCCAAAUCGAUGGUGACUUUGAUGACUAUAAGCGGGAGGUUUUGGAGGCCCUGGGUGAAGUCAUGGUCAACCGACCCCGAGAGUGAGCUUUCCUUCCUGGAAGUUUCCCAAGAAACAAGCUUACAUGGCCUAGAAUUCCCCUGUUGUCUCCCUGUCUCCUCGGAAGACUGCCUCUGGUCUACAGCUGACAUUUGGGAACAUGAAGAUGGAAUGUUGACUUGAUGUGACCAGGAUGCCACUUUGAUUGUUUCCAUUUCUUUGAAAGACUUAUCUGUUCCACUUUUCUUGAGAUAAGUGAGCUAACCUUAACCUUGGCAUCCCUCUAUCCAGACAGAGGUGACCACCUUCAUUAUUGUGUGACUUCAUCCAGCCAAGCUUACAUGGCCUGUUGUCUCAAACCUGAUCACUCAGAAGAUUACCUAUGGCUCACCUUAAAGCUUCAAGCCUGGACCCCGGGUCUUUGAGUGGUGGUGUUCUUUUCUGGUGGAUUUAAUGCUGGCUUACUGAUACAAACAGCUGUUGAAGCUCAGAGCUAGAGACAAGUGUCUGAAGCCUGUGCCAUCACACAUCCCAGGAUUUGGUGCCUGUCAUCUCUUGUCUGGUUGAGGACUGGGGGGCAGGAAAGGAAUGUUGCGGAACUUGGAUCUCCCUUUACAAAGGGAAAAAAUAAAAGGAGUUGCUGC